AUGAAUAGAGAGCCUCUGAAUGGCGAAAUCAUCAAAACAGAUGAUGGUCAAUAUAUUCGGUAUAAUACACAAAUAGGCUGCUAUGAACUUUUGGAGGGCAAUCAGCCCCUAUUAACAGCACAGCUCACAGACCCUGUAGCUGUAGGCAGUAGUACACCUAAUAUAGAUGAAGAUGAGCCUGAUGCUUCUGAUGCAGAUAUGUUGAAGAAAAGACGGUUGUGGGAUUUUGCUACAACUCUACUCAUGAUGGAUGAAUGUACCACUUUCAAAAAGGAGUUGUUAGAUCCAAAAAUGAAAAAUACUGCAAUUUAUAAAAAAAUUACAAAGAAAAUGGCAGAACAUGGACACAAUGUUACACCAGAACAAAUACAUAACCGAAUGAAGACAUUGAUCAACAAAUAUGAAGAGGUUAGAGAUCACAAUAAUGCAAGGGGUAGUUCUUUCAAAGAUUGGGAAUACUAUGAAAUAUUGGAAAAUUAUAUGGGACAAACCCCAAACAUAACCCCCAUAGCUUCUUGCUCUAGUUUGGAAAAGAACAUUAUGAAUGCCAUAAAUGCCAAAAUACCAGUGAAAAAGAAACAACAAAACUCUGAAUCUGGCCCCUCUUCGACAAUACCUAAUUGUUCUCCAUUACAUUCCAGAAAUACCACUGAUGUUACUACCAAUAAUGUUGCAAGUACUGAAUCCCCUAAACAAGCCAAAAGGUUCCGUCCUAGCCCAAGAGUUGAAAUGAUUGCCUUCUUGAAAGAUUAUAAAGAAGACAUGAAAAAAAGAGAAGUUGAGAGGAUGAAAAUGAUGCAGCAGCAUCAUGAGGAAAAUAAAGAAAUGGUCUCUGAGCUGAUAUCAUUGCUUAAGGAGACAAAACAAGAAUAACAUGAUAAAGUUGUUUAGAGGAUUGUGACAUUGUUUUCAGAUGGGAACAUCUAUCUUAUCUAGUUUUCCAUUAUUCUGGACAGGAUUUACUUUGUGUUAUAUCAAAAUAUGGAUACAACUAUUAAUUUUGAAGUACAAGUUACAGUUG